AUGGCUGCCAACUCGGCGCAGAAUGUUACCACAACCAACGCCCAUGCGAUAGACACAACAAGGUCCGCCGCUGAGCCAGAGCAAAGCAUCACACUCAAUGUAACAGGAGAAGUCUCCUUCAAGAAGACAAUCGCCGAAAAGCAGAGCCCCAGAGACUGUGACGAAGCGACCCACCUAGCGACUGAGAAAAAGUCCUUUCGCUUCUUUGCGAUCAUCGCGGCGCUCGCGCUCUCCGGACUUUUGACUUCAUUGGAGGCGACCAUCACCUCCACUGCUCUCCCGACCAUUACAGCAGACCUUGGGGGUGCCAAUCUUUACGUAUGGGUGGUCAAUGGAUUUUAUCUUACUCAGACAGCAUUUCAGCCAUUAUUCGGCCAGAUCGCCGACAUCUACGGUCGCAGAUGGCCGAUGAUAAUCAGCACGGCGACCUUUACCCUAGGCAGCGGCAUAUCAGGCGGCGCCAGCAACAUCGACAUGUUAGUCGCCGGUCGACUAAUUCAAGGCAUUGGUGCAGGGGGCAUCAACGUACUCAUCGAAAUUAUCGUCUGCGAUCUGCUACCCCUUCGCGAACGAGGCCGCUACUUAGGUCUCAUGUUCGGCCUCAUCGCCAUCGGAACCACACUGGGCCCUCUCUUCGGGGGCCUCAUAGUCCAAUAUACCACCUGGCGCUGGGUAUUCUACCUCAAUGUCCCCAUCGGCGCUGCCGCUAUGGUAACAUUAUUCCUUUUCCUGCGCGUAAAUUUCGACAGCACUACCGAUUACCUGCAGCGCUUGAACCGCAUCGACUGGCUCGGCAACAUCCUCUUCAUCCUCUCUAUGAUCUCCGUCCUGAUCGCUCUUUCCUAUGGUGGUAGCCAAUACCCCUGGUCUUCCUUCCGCGUAAUUGUCCCCUUAGUCCUUGGCUUUGUUGGAUUCGCUGUCUUCUUCCUCUACGAAGCUUCCCCGAGAUACUGCCUGAACCCCAACAUGCCGCUACACCUUUUUGCUAACCGCACGUCCGCUACGGCCUUCGGUCUCACCUUUCUGCACAGCCUCUCCGCCAUCGCGGUCAUGUACUUCCUCCCUGUCUACUUUCAAGCUGUCCUUGCCGCUUCACCCAGUCGCUCGGGAGUCCAACUCCUCCCUACUAUUCUGUUCAUGAUCUCGGCUGCCAUCACCGCUGGCGGUUUACUCUCUAAAUUGGGCCAUUACCGUUCCAUUCAACAUGCUGGCUUCGCGUUCAUGAUCAUCGGUUUCGGGCUGUUGACUUUGCUAAAAGCUCACCCGAGUACGGGCCAAUGGGUCGGAUUGCAGAUUCCUAGUGCGGUGGGGACAGGUCUUGCCCUGCCCGUCCUCCUUCCUGCCGUGCAGGCGUCGCUCACGGAAGCAGAUACGGCGCUCUCAACUUCAACGUGGGCGUUUAUUCGCAGUUUCGGGCUUAUAUGGGGUGCGACUAUUUCUACAGCGGCGUUUAAUAAUCGGGUGAAUGCGUUGUUGGGGAGGGUUGGGGACUCGAGUGUUGCGGAGCAGUUGAGGGACGGGAAGGCAUAUGAGGCUGCUACGAAGGCGUUUAUGGAUUCAAUUACCGAUGUAGUGACAAGGGCACAGGUGGUUAGUCUUUAUGUUGAUGCUAUUAAGACGGUGUGGUAUGUUUCUAUGGCUUUCGCUGGGCUGGCGUUUUUGCUGGUCGUUGUGGAGAAGGAGAUUCCGCUGCGGAAGGAGUUGGAUACCAAGUUCAGUAUGGUGGAGAAGGAGAAAGAGGGGGCCCAGGCAAAUCAACCUGCUCCGUGA